AUCCUCCGGGCGAGGAACAUGGCGCGGAGCUGGAGGCGCUGCUGAGACCCGGGGAUUCCUUGUCAGAGCUGGGCUGGAGCCUGUGGGAUAAUAAUGCGAGUGUGAAAUGUUUUCUGCUACUGCUAGUUUGUGGAUGAAAACGCCUGCUCUCUCUAUGUGUGCGAGAAGUGAGGAGCUCCGCGGCCACAGUUUUCACAUACAUAAACAUUUCUUUAGGACUCCCUGUUGUUGAGUGUCUGUGCAUCAGCCGCUCGGCCCGGCCUGAAGGAGAUGGCGGACUCGCAGCCCUGCUCCGCCGUCAAGCUGCCCCCCUCGCAGCCACUUUCACGACUCAGAGAAGAGCACGCCAAGGUGGUCUCAAACUGCAAGGAAAAAAUCGAGCACUGGGUUAAAGUACAAAGUGACUAUGAAGCACUUCAAGGAAGGCUUAAGACCUUACCUGAUAAACUAUCUUAUGAUGUAAUGGUGCCCUUUGGCCCACUUGCAUUUAUGCCAGGACAGUUAAUCCACACAAAUGAAGUCACCGUUUUACUUGGUGACAAUUGGUUUGCAAAGUGUUCUGCAAAGCAAGCUGUUGGCCUGGUGGAACACAGGAAGCAACAUGUUCAAAAAGCACUGGAUGAUCUUCAUAAAAUUAUGAACAACUUUGAAUCUAGGAUUCAUUUUACUGAUGUGGAUAAAUUGGUUAAUGAAAAGGAAGAUGUUGUGGAAAUACAUGAGGAAAUUCAGAAUGAAGAUCUAGAACCUAAAGAUUUAAAUUCUAAAGGAAAACGGAGAAUAGCACAUACACCAAAAGAAAACUGCAAGCCCAAAGAGAUUUUUGUGGCAGAUUUGGAGGUUGGUGAUGGUGACAGGGACUGCAAGUCAAGUGUGUUAUCUGAGAAGGAAUUGUGGGCAAGGCUGGAUGAGCUGGAGAAACAGGAGGAGAUGCAGGAUGAAAUUGAUAGAUUGUCAGAUGCGGCUAAUGGAAAUAGUGAAGAAAGCAGUUCUUCAGAAGAAGAGAAAGAUAGAAACAUGAGGGCCAGCAUAAAUGGGAGACCUCAAUUGAACAAUCUUCCAGCUGUACAGGAAAGCGAAGUUGAUAAAGAAGCUGCAGAACUGCAACCACCUGCUGCUCACGUCAAUAGUUUGGAAUACAGGCAGAAUCACCAAGAUGAAUACGAUGAGGAAGUUACUGGAGAUGAUGACACUAUUCCUACCAUACAUUUUACACACACGGUGGAACCAAAAAGGGUAAGAAUAAACACAGGCAAAAACACAACCUUAAAAUUCAGUGAAAAGAAGGAAGAGGCAAAGCGUAAAAGGAAAAAUAGCACUGGCAAUGGAAACUCCAGUAAUGAGUUGCCAAAUAUCAAAACUCCUGCAGACAUUUACAGACUUUUUGUUGAUGUUGUAAAUGGAGAAUAUAUGCCUCGGAAAUCUAUUCUGAAGUCACGAAGUCGGGAGAACAGUAUAUGUAGUGACACCAGUGAGAGCAGCACAACAGAGUUUGAAGAUCGACGGUGUACCUUGCGCUCUCUAAGUCAUGAAGAAGCAAUACAUAGUGAUGCUAGUGAAUGCAGCAUUUUGGAAGAAGAUGAACUCACUUCUAGUAAACCUCUUCCUUGGCCAAGCUCAUUUGAGGCAUUUUCUGGCACGGUAGUGGAAAAGGAACCUAUCUCAUCUACGCAAAUUCCACAUACGACUAUUGCUCAUCCUAUCCUACCCACGAUUCCUGAGAAGAAAGUGUCAGAGGAAGAAAGUUUUCUUGAAACUCCACAAGAGCCUCCAAAGAGGGUUUCAAAAUUUAAAGCUGCCAGGAUGCAGCUGAAAAAGUGAACUUAAAUGCCAUCUGUUUAAUAUUUUGUGGCUGAAUUAAACGUUGUUUAACAGGAUCUUUGCACAAUCCAGGUUUGCACAGCAUCUUGUUUAGUUGCUUGUUAAAAACAAAACUUUUCAGACUGUGAUUUCCAGUACUUUAAUAAUUUGAUUGUUUGUUUCUAGGAAAUAAAUUGAAUGUGAAAUUGAUUUUAUACAUUUUCCACAAUGCCAUAUUUUCCAACAUGCAUAAGUUUAUUUGUUGGGCAAUAAAGCAAUUUAGUCAGGUUUCUUGGAUGUAUUUAACCUGCUACACAUAUUUUAACAUAUGGAAUAGAUUCUAAAGGUACUGCAACUUUUUUUUUCGAGCUGUAAAGAUCCUAUUUUGUGUAGGAUUCUUAAAGGGUCUUUCUAAGUGUGUUCACUGGAAAUUUACAAGCUUUAAUCUGUAAAUUUGUGUUGUGCAUUAGUCUCAUUUUAAUAAAUUUUGCACGACAUGAUAUACUUCUGUACAUCUUUUUAAAAAAAGUAUUCCUUUGAUAUAUGAUGAACUAUAGAACAUAUUGAAUACUAGGGCAUGAUUGUUACAAUUUAAAAUAUUUAAUUGUACUUUCCAUUUUAUUUGGGUUUUUGUUUCUAAAACAAAGACAUGACAUCUCAUUGGGUGCUUCAGGUAUUCAGCUCUUACUGCAGAUGUAGGUCAGCAAUGACAACGUUUUCCAAACCAAAAUUUGUGAUGUAUCUCAAUGUGUUCUUCCAGAGGUAUCUACCUUUGGAAUCUUGCACCUUUUUAAUAAAAUCUUUACCCAUUUU